CCCUUGUGUUCCCCACUGUCCCCAGGUGGCCACCCUUGUGCCCCAGCAGAGCAGGGCCACCCCUGUGGGCCGGGCGGAGGGAGGAAGAGGGCUGCCAGUUCCCGGCCAGCCCUGGACAGCCCCGCCCCACUCGUCUGCACCCCCGCCGGAAGCAGCUGGGAGCCUCCGAGUGACUGCGGGGCGGUGUCACCUGUCACCCCACCUGCACGUGUGGGCAGGGACGCGGUGCAGGGAGCUCAGUGACCACACCCGGCCCGGCCAUCCCACCGGCCCUUCCAGUUUCUCCCCGGAGUCCCAGCCGCUCCCAGGGCUGCUGCACUCAGCCUCUGCCCCGGCGGGGCCUGCAGCCCGAGGUGGUGACCGGGCCGGCAGGUGCGCCCGACGGUCGGUCAGCCCAGGACGCCUGCGGGGCAUGGAGCCCUUCCUCAGGAAGCGGCUGGCCUUCCUGUCCUUCUUCUGGGACAAGGUCUGGCCGGUUGGUGAGCCGGACAGCAGCAUCCCUGGGCCUCUGGAUCCCGCUGCAGACGCAGAGCCGGAGCCCCCCGCCCCCGCGGAGCCCUGCAGCCCCCAGGCGCCCGGCGUGCAGCUCUACCGCGUGCUGCAGGACUUCACGGCCCGGAGCGUGGAGGAGCUGAGUGUCAGCUGCGGGGAGCGGCUCCACGCCCUCAGGGAGGAGGGGCCCUACAUCCUGGCCCGCAGGCUCUCAGGUGGGCUCAGCACCGGGCUGGUGCCCCUCACCUGCGUCGCCAAGGUGGCCCCGGAGACACUCACCGACCAGCCCUGGUUCUUCGGCGGCACCAGCCGGACGCAGGCCCAGCAGAUGCUCCUCUCCCCCGACAACGCGCCCGGGGCCUUCCUGGUGCGGCCCAGCGAGAGCAGCCUGGGCGGCUACUCCCUGUCAGUCCGGGCCCAGGCCAAAGUCUGCCACUACCGCAUCUCCACGGCGACCGACGGGAGCCUCUACCUGCAGAAGGGCCGGCUCUUCCCCAGCCUGGAGACGCUGCUCGCCUACUACAAGGCCAACUGGAAGCUGCUCCAGCACCCACUGCUGCAGCCCUGUGUGCUCCAGAAGCCCCCAGAGCAGGACGAGUGGGAGAGGCCGCGCUCGGAGUUCGCCCUCCGGAGGAAGCUGGGCAAAGGCUACUUCGGGGAGGUGUGGGAAGGCCUGUGGCGCGGCUCCAUGCCCGUGGCCGUCAAGGUCAUCAGAUCAGCCGACGUGAAGCUUGCUGACCUCGCCAAGGAGAUCCAGACGCUGAAGAGCCUGAGGCACGAGCGGCUCAUCCGGCUGCACGCGGUGUGCUCCGCCGGGGAGCCCGUGUACAUCGUCACCGAGCUCAUGCGCAAGGGCAGCCUGCAGGCCUUCCUGGGCAGCCCCGAGGGCCAGGCCCUGAGCGCCCCCCUGCUGCUGAGCUUCGCCCGCCAGGUGGCCGAGGGCAUGAGCUACCUGGAGCAGCGGCGCAUCGUGCACCGGGACCUGGCCGCCAGGAACGUGCUCGUGGACGACGGCCUGGCCUGCAAGGUGGCCGACUUCGGCCUGGCCCGGCUGCUCAAGCGGCUCCAAGAUCCCCGUCAAGUGGACGGCGCCCGAGGCGGCCACUUACCGUGUCUUCUCCCAGAAGUCAGACGUCUGGUCCUUCGGGGUCCUGCUGUACGAGGUCUUCACCUACGGCCAGUGUCCCUACGAGGGGAUGACCAACCACGAGACGCUGCAGCAGAUCAUGCGGGGCUACCGCCUGCCGUGCCCGGCUGCCUGCCCGGCAGAGGUGUAUGUGCUCAUGCUCGAGUGCUGGCGGGGCAGCCCCGAGGAGCGGCCGGCCUUCGCUGUGCUGCAGGAGAAGCUGCGCGGCCUCCCCCGGUGCCUCCCGCUCGCCCCGACUUGACCCGGCCCGGACACCUCCCGGGCUGUGGCAGGAGGUCCCCCCAGGACAGCACGUCCAGGAAGCCGGAUAGCUGGGAGCAAGACGCCCCUGGCUGUGGGCCUCGGGCACGGACACGCAAGAGGUGACGCUCCCAGACGGUGCAAGGGCCUCCGCCCAGGGAGCACGGAAGGGUCUGGUGGAGCCUUGGGGAGCUGCCAGGCAGAGAAGCCUGGGGUCCAGCACGGUCCCUCCUGGCCCAAGCCUGCCGCUCUGGCCCCCCGACCCCUUCCAGGGUCAAGAGCUGGGGGCCGAUUUCCCCCCAAGUCCCACGUCAGGUUUGUCGAAGUGGCCGGUGCCAGGUCCCCAGGCUGUGCAUGUGUGGGGACCGCCCUGCCCUGGCCCUCAGGUGUGCAAACCCAUGCACGCAUACAGACAGCGCUCAAUAAAUACAUACCGCCCGACUCAGACACGCACAGGCAUGCGCCACAUACAGCUCAGCCCCCAAACCCAGACCCAGGUGCUGGAGCUGGGGGGCUCCCUGCAGCUAGAACAGGUAGGAGGGAGCGGGUCCCGUGUGGCCAGGCCCCUCCCCAGGACACUGUGGUGUGCAGGGGCGGGGGGGGGUGCUGGGGUGUAGCAGGAGCCGCGUGAGAAGCAUCUCAGUCCCGGGGCCCGUGUGGAAGGGACAGGCUGGGACUGAGGUGGGAGAGGCUGGGUCAGGCCACAGGGGUCUGUGAACCGUCCCUGAGGCUGUUUCCAGGGCUUCAGGAUGGGCAGGAGCCAGGGCAGUCUCCUGGCUGGGCAGGGUUGGGGGGCAGCAGGGCGGAUGCCGUGGUGUGCUGGCAACGAGUAACAUCCAGCUCUCUGGGGAAAGAGCGUGGACAGAGUUGGCCUUGCAGGUGAACCCACCGGGAGUCAGCAGAGACCGGCACAGCCGCACCUGUGCACCUGUGCAGGCUCCAAGGCCUGUGGGGACAGAGAGCGCAGGGACAGCUCAGGCCGGACUGGGCUCAGCGUCCCUCAGAGGGCCAGAGCUCAGGGUUAGCGCCUCACUGCUGACCGCAGGCCCUGCUGUGCCCAGGGACAGGAGGGGCUGGGAGAGGGGCCCGCAGGCAGGUAGGGACGAGCCCACUCGGGCACCAGGGCAGGGCUCACAGCAGUCCGGAGUGGCGGGAACGGCCCAUCCCGGCCUGGCGGAAGCUCAGGCGUGAACCCGUGAGAGGACGGAGGCUCUUAGAGCCUUGGAUGCCAGGCUGGGGCUGCCCCCGAGCCCUGCGGUAGGCGGGGCAGCAGGGUCUGUCUGAGCCUCUGGGGCUCCGGCCAGUAGGGCCACGCCCCUGCCUCGCCUCACCCCUGACCUCCGGCCGGCUGGCCUGGGAGGGCCUUGAGGUGGGGGCUGGGAUGGGCACGGCCACGGAGCAGGUGUGGCUGGGGCACCUCGCGCUCCACAGCCCAGGAGGCCUCUCCUCAGCCACGGGGGUGGCGCUCCUGGGCCUCGGGCCGGGCCGGGAUGCUCCUGCCUCCAGGUGUGGCUCAGACAGAACCUCCGCACCUGUGUGCCAGGGACUCGAGGGGCCCCUGGACACAGGCUCGUGUGCCCAGAGGCCCAGGGCAGGGGGCACUGGAGUGGGGGCCGGUGGGGGUCGACAGUGCCAUUGUUUCUCUGUCCA